AUGAAGUUCACAUCUUCCAUCUACGCCGCGGCGUUGGGCGCUCAACUCACUGCAGCCAUGCCUGCCAUCAUUGGUGGCCAGGUGGCCACAAACGGCAGUGCUCCUUUUAUUAUCAGCAUUCGCAAAGAUGGUGCGCAUAUCUGCGGAGGCAGCCUCAUCAACAGUCAGUGGGUUCUCACAGCGGCCCACUGCAUCAUGGACGUUGUGCCCAGGUCGCUCACCGUCGUCGCUGGCUCCAACUCUGUCAAGCAGGGUGGCGUCGAGCGCAACGUUUCCAAAGGCAUCACCAACGACGACUUCGACUCAAUCAAGCGCAUCAACGACAUCGCCCUACUUAACCUUGCCGCGCCGUUUGAAUUUACCGAUACCAUCAAGCCCAUCGAUCUUUACCAGAGCCAGGAGAUCGACGCCGGCACCAACGUGACCGUCUACGGCUGGGGCUACACCAGCUUUCCGCCAGGCCCCAAGCCCCAGGAGCUGCACUUUGUGAGCCGCAACACCAUCAGCACUGCCGCAUGCAAUGACGCGUAUGUCGAAUACGACAAAAAGAACAUCACCGAGAACCAGGUCUGCACGCAGUCUGGCGGUCAUGGGACUUGCAACGGCGACUCCGGUGGCCCCCUCGUCUUGAUUGACGGAGAGGGCAAGGUUUAUCAGGUCAGCGCAUACCUACCUUGGCUGAAGUCCUUGACUGGAGUGAAUUGA